AUGGUGAUGGCUGAAGCAAGUGAAGAAAAACUGAACGAUGGUGAAAUGAAUCGUGGUAAACCGUGUACUGCUCUUAACCAAUGGCGAGAAAAACAAGAAGAGCGACAUUUGAAGUUAGAAUUGGCUCGUAAAUCAAGAUCAUCAAGCAAAAAUUCAGACAAUACCUAUACCACAUCAAACAUCGACAGAAAAAGGAGAAGUUAGUGCCGUAAGUAAUCUGAAACUUAAUUUAAAUGCUUUCUUAGGUCCAAAGCAAAAUGAAGAAGAACUUAUCAACAGAGAAACAGAUGGCAACAAAAAGAAAGCGCGACUAUCGGACGAUGGAGCACGAAUUCUAAACAAAAUGAGCAAGGAGAGCAACCAUCCGCCUUUGAUAUCAAAACGAAAUGUUACCAAGGCUCGCAAACUAUUGGAAAGUGUGAUUAAAUACGAUGUUUAUGAAAACUCCAGCUUUAGAAUGCAGAACGUUCGCUCGUUUCUUGAAGAAAGGAUGCGUCAUGCCAAUAUCGAGGAUAAGAACUUAGUAUGGUAUUUGGAUAAGGGGCGCGGACGAGUUGUCUCUACGUUUGGAUUAGUCGGAACCUCUACAACUCAGUCACACUACAACCAGACUAUUGUUCAGACUUGGGAGGGAAGUGACCACCCAGGUCCGACAAAAGAGUAA